AGGGUGAAUGACCAUGAGACUUGCUUCCUGUCACUAGGUCAUGGGGACUUAUGGGUAUGCUGCCCCAGAUUACAUCGAAACAGGGCAUCUCACAGAUAAGAGCGAUGUGUGGAGUUUUGGUGUGGUAUUGUACGAGCUCUUAACAGGCAGGCGGUCAUUAGAACAAAACAGACCCAGAUCAGAACAAAAACUUUUGGAUUGGGUGAAACAGUUUCCUGCCGAUAGCAAGAAAUUUGGCCAGAUAAUGGACCCUAGGCUCGAAAAACAGUACACUUUUAGUGCAGCUCAAAGAAUUGCCAAAUUAGCUAACAGUUGUUUGUUGAAGAGAGCAAAGGAUCGGCCAAAAAUGAGUCAUGUGGUGGAAACUUUGAAGCAGAUCAUGGAAGUUUCGGGUGGGGAGGGCCCUUCCAACAGUAGUUUUGAGCUUGUGGAAGAUGACCCUAUUGACUCAAGUGAGAUACCAAACCAAAUAGGGACCUCAGAAUCAGCAAAAAGAAGGAUGGCACACUUAGCUCAACUAGGUGAACAUGUUGGUGGACUGGGUAGAAGAGUAUUCAUGAUAACGCAGAGGGCCGAAGUGCCUUAAAAUUGUUGACACUGAGAAAUUGGGUUUUGUUUCUUUUUUCCUGUGUAUCAAUGCAAGGAGGUACCGUACUGGAAGUUGCAAGUAAAUACGGAUUGGGAUUGGUUGCAAUUAUAUGAGUCUAAGUUACGACAAGAAAAACUUAGGGUCAAUACUGAAUGUUAGAAUUGAUCUGAAGCAAUUCUUUUUGGUCGUAACAUUAGGUGAAAUUGUCAUCUCAUUGUUGUUUUGUAGUAACUUCAGUAUGACACCAAAAAGAAACUAUCUCAUAGUCAAAUACGAGAGAGAUGAUGUUGUGUUGUUCUAUCUUUUCUCCUCCAAAUUUUAACUAUUUCUUUAUAGGGUUUUGUAUCCAAAUUGGUAUAGAGGCAUUUUAUUUUUCCAUUUUAGUUGUUUGGAUUGUUAAGAUUAUUUUAGAG